AGACGUUUUAUUUGCUCUGCUUUUUGAAACAGAGACACAAAUUAAGCAAUGGAGUCGUCACAGGGGAAAGGUAAGGAUAAUGGAGUCCGGUACCGGGGGGUUCGAAGGAGGCCAUGGGGGAAGUUUGCGGCGGAGAUUCGUGAUCCGACGAGGCAGGGGGCAAGGCUGUGGCUCGGAACAUUUGAAACGGCGGAGGAUGCGGCGAGGGCUUAUGACCGGGCAGCUUUCGCUUUCCGGGGAAAUUUAGCAAUCCUCAAUUUCCCCAACGAAUACCAACACCAAAGUACAAGCUCUUCCUCUGCUUCUACUACUGCUCCGUUCAAUGUUGUUGGUGGGAGUUCCAGUGGAGGAGGAGGAACAGCACAAGGGGAGCUCAUUGAGUUUGAAUGCAUGGAUAGCAAGUUAUUAGAGGAACUUCUUGGAUCACAUGAAUAAAUCUCAACUUAUCUGAA